AUGUCAAGACGCCGCUCUCCGUCUCCUGUGGACCCGUGGGAUAAAGAUGUUUCGGACGAAGACCCCCUCAGUCCCGCUGGGUCUAUCUCCAAACUGAAGCCCAGGGCUAAGGCCUUGUUCGCCGGCCCUCCACCGCCGAUCGCCGCCUCGAUUCUGGUUCAAAAUCCACCGCAGGGCAGAAGAAGUUCUAGAGAAGGUUCCAAAGCCGGUCGCAGUAGUCAUGCGGCUGGGGGCAUGGCCCCGAGCCGAGUCAGUUUCGGGAGCAUUCUGUUCGAUCAGAGUUCGCGCGGUUCAAGCUCCUCGUCCAGAGGUGAUUCGAUAUGGCGCAACCUACAACAUCGGGAGCGAGCGUUGCAGAAGGAAGUACAGCAAUUGCUGGACAUGCAGGCCACGGGACUAGCGCCUAGCAAUGAGUCGACAGACACCAUUGCCACAGGUGGACAGGACGCCUGGAGUGACUCAGGGAGUAGUACGCCCACGGGGACAUUCUAUUCUACAGCAUCAUCAAAGUCGCGGAUGAUGGCAUCGCUCGAUCCACCAGUGCGCGCGACCGCUCGUGGCGACAUCAUACCUGUUCGGCAACCGAAGACCUCGGGGCCUCAAGGCCUUCAGACCGCACGCAAAGGCCUGCGGCGUGCUCUAACGUACUUGACUGACUUGAAGUCCGAAGAGAACUCCUACAUCGAAUCCGCGCUGUCACAGCGCAAAAAGGCACUUUCGCAUUUGGGCAACCUUUGCAGUCGUAAAGAAAGCAUCUCUGCAGAGCUUUGUAGCCUUGCAGACAAUGAGGAAGAGCCGCUGGGCAAAGAGCUUCGAGACCUUGGCGACCAGCAUGAAUCCUUGGGCCAGGAGAUUCGUGAGUUAGAGGAGAAGCUCGUUGGCAUGAGAAACAGGCAUCGAUGGCUCGAACGUAAAAUGGCGGAUGUCCGCAAUCGCCGAGAGGCCGGCUUGAGCGGGUACAGAGGUGCGCUGAAGGAGGUCGAGGGCGAGGUUGCGUCUUUACUCCACCGGCCCCCCAUUGAGCCUCUCGAUUCCGACGUAGUCGAGGCUGUAUCACGUACUGACUCAUCUUACGGGGCGAACGAUUUGCCUGGGGGCGCUGAUUUCUUUCGCAUGAUACCCGCCCGGCGUACGCUUACCAUGGCAAAAGACUGGUGGGAAAGUGAGGUCGACUUUUUGGAGCGACGGAAGGCCCAGGUUGACAAGGAUCGUGAGGCACUCGACCAGGGCACGGCAUUGUGGCAGGAAACCGUCGAUCUCAUCACCACGUUCGAGGCCGACCUGCGGAAGUCACUAAGCAGCGGCGUGAAUGAGAAAGGCAAACAGACCCCGCGGAUGCAGGAAGAGGCCGUUCAGUCGAUGCUACCCAGGAUGGGCAAGGUGAUCCUGGAGCUCGAGGAACAUAUGCGGACUGCGGAGAAGAACAGCUGGAACCUCCUGAUAUGCGCCGUCGGCGCUGAGCUCGAGGCGUUUAGAGAAGCUGAGCGCUUGCUUCGUAGCAGCCUCCCGCAACCCAGGGCGGAGGUUGGUGAUGUCGAGGAACCCUGGCCAAAUGAUGAAGGCCAACAAGAACGCAACGAGAAGGAUGCCGAUGCCGUCGAGACGAAUUCUGUUGGUAGCCACCACGACGAGAGUGACAACGAAGUACCGCCUGAUUUGCUCGUAUCGCACCUCGAAGAGCAUGACGACGCACAACCACACGCCAAGCCCAUUGGAGCUUCCUCGAGACGAGACAGCGACAACGAAGUGCCGCCAGAGUUCUUGGCUGAGCACAGUCUGUAG